AUGUCCAUCAGACAAAUCUUGGGGCUACAGAAACCUACCAAUCCACUGGAUAAUACCAACUCCCAGCAUGAUCCUGAUCCCACUGUCCUAAAAUGGAUCAAUGAAAUCAUUCCGUCCGGAAAACAACUUUUGGAUUACUUUAUCAGCUUAUUCCCCUUCUUGAGAUGGAUAAGGUACUACAAUAUGCAAUGGCUUUUAGGCGACUUGGUAGCAGGCGCUACUGUUGGUGCGGUCGUCAUCCCACAAAGCAUGGGUUAUGCAAGGUUGGCAGGUCUACCUGUUCAGUACGGGCUAUACACCUCUUUCAUGGGUGGUGUGGUGUACUGGCUUUUUGCAACAUCGAAGGAUGUCACCAUUGGCCCUGUGGCUGUCAUGUCAACCCUUUUGGGGUCGAUCGUCGCAGAUAUGCAGGCUUACUACCCCAGCAUUUCCGGUCCACAGAUCGCCAUGUCAAUCACCGUCAUAUGUGGUGGCAUCGUCACGUUUAUGGGCUUGGCAAGAUUGGGUUUCAUCGUCGACUUUAUACCUCUUCCGUCGAUCACGGCAUUCGUGACAGGAUCUGCUAUUACGAUCUGUUCGGGUCAAGUCAAGAGCCUUCUGGGUGAAACUGCCGACUUUAGCACUCGAGCACCCGCAUAUCGUAUAAUCAUUAACAGUUUGAAGAACCUUCCCUCUUCUUCAAAAUAUGAUUCAGCAAUGGGUGUCUCGGCCCUUGUCACCCUUUACAUGAUCCGAGCUGCGUGCAACUAUACUGCACGUAAAUACCCUCGCCGAGAGAAAUCUUUCUGCUUCCUUUCUGCCCUUCGCACAGUUUUCGUCAUCUUCAUUUUCACGAUGAUCAGCGCGAUCGUGAAUUGCCAUCGCAGAGAGGAUCCUGCCUUUGCCAUUGUGGGCUACGUUCCUCGGGGGUUCCAGGAUGCCGCUAUACCUCAAGUCAGGGGAAGCAUUGUCAAAGAGAUUAGCCAGAGACUUCCUGCUUGCGUUGUUGUUCUAAUACUUGAACACAUUGCCAUAGCAAAAGCUUUCGGUCGCAUCAACAACUAUACGAUCAACCCUUCGCAGGAGCUAAUUGCCAUCGGGGUUACCAACCUCCUGGGGCCAUUUAUUGGUGCUUAUUCUGCGACUGGUGCUUUCUCUCGCUCUGCUAUUCAGGCAAAGUCAGGUGCAAGGACACCAAUUGCUGGUAUCAUCACCGCAAUAGUGGUUCUGAUUGCUAUAUACACUUUGACGACUGCAUUGUACUAUAUCCCCCAUGCAUCCCUAUCCGGUGUUAUCAUUCACGCAGUCGGAGAUCUGAUCGUUGCACCCAACACGAUCUAUCAGUUCUGGCGAAUCUCACCUCUUGAUGCUGUGAUCUUUGCAGUUGGGUUAGUCGUGGCCAUCACCAGCACCAUUGAGAAUAGCAUCUAUAUCACUGUUUUUCUGGCCUUGGUUAUUUUGCUUUUCCGAUGCGCAAAAUCCCCCGGUCAAUUCCUGGCCACCGCUAGGGUAGGCGACAAAGAUCACCAGCAUCUGAUGUUUCUACAAAGUGACGAUCCAAGCAACUCUCAUCCCGAUCUGAAACUAGAGAUGCCGCUGGCGGGUGUCUUCAUAUAUCGGUUCUCGGAGGGAUUCAAUUACCCCAAUGCCAGUCAUUACACCGAUGCCUUGGUCCGAAGAAUUCUCGAAAAUACACGCAGCACUAAUUCAGAGUUCUACGGAAAGAAAGGCGACCGGCCAUGGAACGACCCGCACCAUCACCCAGACAGGGCCGAAAUGGAGCUUCCCCUUCUCCGCGCCAUCAUUCUCGACUUUUCGGCAGUGAACAAUGUCGAUAUCACCAGCAUCCAGAACUUGGUCGACGUACGCAAUCAGCUCAAUCAUCGAGCAGCACCUUUAGGAGUGCAGUGGCAUCUUGUCAGUGUCAGAAAUCGAUGGACCAGGCGCGCAUUAGCUGCAGCAGGAUUUGGAUACCCGACAAGUCCUUCUACAAUCUCAGAGAUAGGUGGUAAGCUGGCGGACUCGUCAAUUUCUCCGGGGCAUGGAAGAAAAGUGGAUUUUGAAAAAGGGGAGGAGAUAUUUGCAUGUCAGGGGUGUGAGGAUUUGGCUGAACCUUAUGAGAAGAAGCUCCGCAAUAUUGCGUCGGGACCUCUCGGAAAUGAAAUUGCACAUCGACCUUUCUUCCAUAAUGACCUACCAAGGGCUUUGGAAAGAGUGGAAGCUCUUCUGCGACUGGAUGCAUCUACAGGAAAUAUAUAG